AUGAACGACGAACGAAAUUUAUUUAUUUUUGAUGCUGUUGAUCAACAACAGCAACAACAUGAUCGUAUUUUUAAUGAACUUCAUGAUCAACAACAACCAAGAGCACCACAGCCAUUACCAUUCCAUUUGGACAAAUUUUUUCAUCGUCAAACAUUGCUCUAUUUUCAACAUUAUGUACUACGAAUUCCGUUACUUUUAAUAUUUGAUUAUCUGUUUACAGAACAAUUUACUGGUAUCAUUAUUUCAUUUAUGAAUACACUUCUGAACUAUAUUGGUAGUUACUUCUCAGAAAUGAAUGAUUUGGCUGCGUCCACAAAUAUAAAUAAAACAACAUUAAGUGAAAUGAUAAAUAAUGAAACGACAUUAACGUUAAACGCUACACUACCCCCAUUUUUGACUGAAACAUCAGCAUUUGCAGCAUCUGCCAUCGAAGUUUUAUUUGAAAACUUACACAAUACAUGUUUAACAAUAUCUACUAUCACUUUAUCCAUUCUAUUGCCAGUACUUGUUACAUUACAAUUGUUACUUUGCACUGAUCGCAAAUUAACAAACGUUUAUAGUUAUGUAUUUUCUGGCUUUAUUAUUUACUAUUAUUACCAGAUGGUCAAAUUUGUUCAGUUAACAUCGAUGUUAUCAUUGAAUACCUGUGUAAUCCAAUUUCUAUUGUAUUCAAUGUAUAGUCAAAUUCAAACAAUUAGACCGAACGUUCGAACAAAAAAAAUACAAAUGCUAUUUGGAAAACUUGCUCCAUUUCUCUUGAUCUUACUGAAAAAUGUUAUAUUUGUUAAUCAACGAAUAUGGAUGAUCAAUUAUUUAUAUUAUCUAUGGAUAUUAUUCUAUUUAUCUGAAAUAUUUGUAUCUCAUAGACAUUCGAUUUAUAAUUAUUACAUUCGAAAAUUUAUUUUCGAUAUCUAUACAGUGAUUCGUACACUUGGCUUACAGACAUUAUUUAAUUUUGUUCAACAACGAGUUCGAAUUAUUACGUUAUUAAAAAUAUUUUAUUUUACAAAAAUUAUUAUAAUGCCUUUAUGUUUUCGUUCAGUUUAUGAAACACCUUACAUUAAUGGAUCAUUAAAUGUACUUUCAUCCUCUUCACAAACAUUAAAUUUAACAAGUAUUCUUAGUCUACUUAAUAUGACAACGACACCUAACAUAACGAAUAAUUCUGAUGCCAUUAAUCGAUCAUUAUUAAUGGAAAAUCUUAUUCAAAAGUAUCCAAAUCUUAAUCAACAAAUAACUAUCCAGGAACAACAAAAAGAAGCAUAUAAUGUGACAUUAAUAAAAACAAUUUAUUUUACGAGUCUUUAUUAUGGAACAGAGACAAUGUUUACUUUAAUUAGUUUAACAUUGAUUAUUUCCUUUGCUAUGAAACAUAUAUCCUAUUAUUUAUUUCAUUUACUUGACUUAUGGAGUGAUGACGUCGAGCAAAUUGGAUUUAUUACUGGUGUAAUGUUUUUUUUACUAUUGACACAAUCAAAUUUAUCACGUUUAAAUCUUGAUCAACGACAUAUACCAUUGUGUAAAGCAUUUGCUUUAUUAGUGAUUGCUCUUCUUCAUUUUCUUCAUACGCAAUUAGAACCACAAUUAUUAAAAGUUGCCGUACAAAAUAUGGCAACAAAAAUGAUGUUAAAUACUGACCAGCAACGACAACAACAGGAACGCGAAUAUGAGGAAAUACCGCCUAAUACAGAUACUGAGAAUCAGGUUCAUCAUCGGAGCGUAUCAUCUACUGCUAAUAUUGAACAACCUAUUGAAAAAAAAAGUGAAACAAAUGAUGAUAGUGUUUCGGGUCCAUCUGUACCAUUUCAUACGAUUCUCUUCCGUUCUUAUCAUCAUCGUCAUGUAUAUACCAGUUUGGGUAUUAAUUUAUUUUUAUUUGUUUAUAUUACUUUUUUAUGGCGUAUAUGUACAUUUUCAACAUGGUUAUUAGCCAUAACCGCAUUUGCAUUAGAAUUAUCUAUCCGUUUACUUGCCGCAUUAGCUCAAUACUCAAUCUAUGUUAUGGAUGUUAAUAAUCGAUUAAAAAAUUCAGAGAAAUUUGAUGAUUAUAUAUUUUAUAUAAAAACUAUCACAUCUUGUUUUGAAUUUUUGCUUGGUUUAUUUCUAUUAUUUAAUGGAUUAUACAUAUUAUUUUUUGAGUCUCGUGGAACAAUAAGAGCAUUUAUGCUUGGUAUUCAUGCACACUUUAAUAUUCAUGUUUCAGCUCGAAAAGGAUACAGAAUAUAUAAAAAUAGAAAAACAGCAUGGGAUAAUGUAAAAAAAUUACGCUUAGCAACAUCAGACGAGAUUAACUCGUAUAACGAUAUAUCCGCUUGUUUUUGGUCAAAUGCCGAUGUUUUACAAUGGGUGAAAAGUUAUUUACCUGAAUUAUUCGAAAAAUAUGGAGGAUAUUUUAAGGAACACAAUAUGACAGGACGAAGUUUGUUUAUGUUAAAUGAUAAUUUACUAUACGAAAUGGGAAUCAUUGAUGAAGAUGACAGAGCACUAUUUCGGAUUGAAAUAGCGAAACUGAAGUUGAAAUCUGAUUUACUUAGUUUAAAAACCACACAUCAUAAAGGAACAAUACGUUUUUUGGACGACAAUUCUUCAAAUGAUACAUCAUUAGCUUUGAGCGAUAAUAAUUGA